AUUGAGUAGUUCAAGAUGGCGUUGCGUAGUUGUGUUCAAGUUAUGUGAUGAAAAACUUUUAUGAAGAAAACACUUUUUAAACAUUAUUCGUUUUAAAAAUGGAUUUGCGUUAAUAAAAGUAGUGUUGGUUUCCAACGUAAUUUUACCAAAAUGACCCGAAGCUGUUGCAGCUUCAAGUUGAAUGUGAUAAUAUUAAUUACUGCAGCUUCUGUUUUGACAUUUAUACAUGGGCAUGUGUUAGAGUUUGUUGUGGAGCCAUCAGAUACAGUUGUAGAAUCUGGCCAGUCUGCUGUUCUAGACUGUGUUGCCAAAGCAUCAAGACACCAGGCUACUGUACUUAUACAGUGGCUUGAUGAAGAUGGUUCAAAACUCACUUUUGUAGGUGACCUUUAUAGAUCUCAAUUGACUAAUGGUUCAUUGUACAUAACUAGUGUUAUUGAAGAGCAGAGACUGACUGGCACAUACCAGUGUAUGGCUACCUUACCAAAUGUUGGUUCAAUAGUCAGUAGGACUGCCAAAUUGAAGGUUGCUACUUUGGAUGGUUUCGUCGAAGAACCCAGCGACUUGACAGUAUGGGCCGGCGAAAGAGCCCACCUGUCAUGCUUGGCCAAUGGGGUUCCACCUCCUCGAAUGCGCUGGUUGAAAGAUGAGCGACCGUUACACAUUGACAGACUGCGCAUGACGGUGCUGCCAUCUGGCGCGUUGGAGAUCGACGAAGCGUUGCCGGCUGAUCAAGGCACUUACAGAUGCAACGCAUCAGGCCCUUCGACGUACCUUCUCAGUCGCGCGGCAAUGCUGCGCGUGGAUCCCCCAGAUGAAGAGGGAGCUCUACGCCCUGCGCCUCCUCGGUUUCUUGCCCGUCCGAGGGCGGCUGUCUACAUCGAAGGACAAAACGCAUCUUUGGACUGCGCGGCUGUGGGGAACCCCCGACCCCUGGUCACGUGGCUUAAGGAUGGAUAUCCCAUCGAUAUGAAUGAUUUGGACAGUCGUUUCUCGUUGGUUGGAACAACGAGUUCAUUGAGGAUAACAGUGAUAAAGGAGCAAGACGGUGGUACUUAUCAGUGUCGCGCAGAAAAUAGGGAAGAUAGCUUAGAUGCUUCAGCUUUAAUACAAGUUCAAGUGCCUCCAAGAUUUUUGAAAAAACCCCAAGAUAAAAAUGAAUUUCCCACUAAAGAUGUAGAAUUAGAAUGUAUUGUCUAUGGUGUGCCAGAGCCUAAAAUACAGUGGUACAAAGAUGGAGAAUUGGUUAAAUAUUCAGAGUAUUAUAAACUAGUUAACGGAUAUAACCUGAAAAUAAUGGGGUUGAUGUCUACCGAUUCUGGAAUAUUCCAAUGUUUUGCCACCAAUGAAGCUGGUAAUAUACAGGCAUCUGCAAGUUUAAAAGUCAUCACAGAUAUGCCUAAACGCCGCCCCCAACCGAAAGUGGGCGGAGCGAAGAAGGCUCGCGGAGGCGGAGCCGGUGGAGGUGGCGGGCUUUCGCGCACCGCCUUCACCGCGCUGCGCUCAAGCGACGCAGGGGCAGCGGAACAGGCCGCUUUCGCCAGGUCGGCGUUGAGCGCUGUUGUUGCAUCGUCUGCGCCAUCUACCGACAGUGCUGCUGGUAUUGGAGUUGGAGGCGUACGACCAAAAGGUGCGCCAGGUCCACCCCGCGAUUUAAGGGCGCCAGUUGUGAAGGGGAGGUUUGUCACUCUGAGUUGGAAACCUCCUGAAGAUGAAGCUGAAGGAAUCCUUGGUUAUUCGAUAUACUAUAGACAAGAAGGAAGCGACAGGGAGCGGUACCAAAACACGACGAGAUCCAAACACUCCGAGAUAAACAUCGCGGGUUUACAACCCGGCCGCGUUUACCACUUCCGCGUGGUAGCUAUUGGUGCCAACGGCGUCGCCGGGUCCUCGUCGGACACGUUGACGGUGACCACGCAACCGGAAGAACACGUGGCUGGGGCACCGGCAGCGUUUGUCGCAUACGCCACCAGCCCUAGGUCCAUGAGGGCCGAAUGGAGGACGCCAGAAGUUACCAAUGGCCACAUUAUGCACUAUACUGUUUAUUAUAUGGAAACUACCUCAUCUGUAGAACAUAACAUAGAUACCACGGAGCAUUAUGCAGAUAUAACUGGUUUGAUGCCGUAUACAGAAUACAGCAUAUGGAUGGUAGCUGUCAACGAAAAUGGAGCGGGAGCUGCCACAGAGGAAAAACUGGUACGAACAUACAGUACAACACCAUCUGAUCCGCCUGGUAACAUCACUGCAGAACCUAUGAGUACGAGUGUUGGAGUCCGAUGGGAACCCCCGCCUCCAGAUUCCCAAAACGGCCCGAUACUCGGCUACAAAAUCAAAGUGCGCAAACCUGGUGGAGGUAGUUCCAAAGGUGGCAGUACCACCUAUACGGCCAAGCCAAAUGACAAGCACUUCGUCAUUCCGGACUUGGAGCGCGGAGCGCAGUACCAGGUGAGGAUAUGGGCGAUGAAUGUGAAUGGUACCGGCCCUGGCUCGGAGUGGAUCGACGUGGAGACACUCAAGACUGACGUCAUCGAAGAUAGAGUGCCUGAUAAACCUACCAACCUUAGAGUCCGUCCAACCUACGAUAAGUUAUAUAUAAUGUGGUCACCUCCUGAGAACCAAAGUAUCAAGAUACGAAACUACAUGCUAGGAUGGGGCAAAGGCGUACCUGACAUGUACACCACCCAGUUAGAGGAAAAAGAACGUACUUUUAUUAUUGAAAAAUUAGAUCCGAACUCAGAAUAUGUGAUAAGCCUCCGUGCUAGUAAUCAAAUGGGGGCAGGGCCACCUAUCUAUACAACCAUUCGUACUCAAGAUGAACCGCCCCCUGAGCCUCAAGCCGCACUUUAUCCUCCAAUGGGGCUAAAGGCUCAGGUUGUCGGCACCACGUCAGUCGUUUUGUACUGGACUGAUCCAACGUUGAAACAAAGUCAGUUUGUGAGAGAUAACAGAUAUUACGUUGUUAAAUACGUGGAUGAAAAAACGAAGAAAGCCAAAUAUCAAAAUGCAACGGACCUGAAUGCCCUAGUCGAUGAUUUGAAACCAAACACUUUGUACGAGUUUUCUGUCAAAACUAUAAAAGGGCGAAGAGAAAGUUCGUGGAGUAUGGUAGUUCAGAACCGCACUUGGGAGUUAGCUCCAAACUUGCCACCACGUGAUGUUUCUAUACACUAUAAGGACAAAGACUCUCAAUUUGUUGAGUUGACGUGGCAACCACCUAAAGCUGGAAGAGUAACUGGAUAUGUGAUUCUUUAUACUAACAAUAGAUCGUUACCAGAGCCCGAAUGGAAUGUGUCUGCAGUAAAAGGAGAUGUUCACUCAAUGAUCGUUUAUGACUUAAAACCGUUCACGCAGUACUAUUUCAAAGUUCAAGCAAGAAAUAGCAGAGGUUUAGGCCCUUAUUCUACCGUAGUUAGUUUCAGAACUGGACAAUCUGUUGCCACGCAUGCUUCUGUCCAGGGCCAGCAGUUAGACUCUUCUGGGAUGUUUUCAAACUCGAUGCUGCUAUACACGACUAUAGCCGGUUGCGCACUGGUACUGUUCACUGUGAUUGGAGUUGGCGCGUUCAUCUGUUGUCGGAAGCGCAACGUGGCAGGGGCGCUGUCAUCGCCGGAACGUACCAAGAAAGGAUAUCAGAAGGGCGCACAGGCCGUCAAGCCGCCUGAUUUGUGGAUACAUCAUGACCAGAUGGAGCUUAAGCAGAUGGAAAAGAGGCAUUCGUCGUGUGGGGCGUACGACGGAGCGAGCAGUAGUGGAGCCAUGACUUUACCAAGAAGCGUUGGAGGAAACGACUAUGAUGCACAUGACAACCACAUGAAUUCAUUGGAUAAAAGGAGCUACAUCUCCAGCCAUGGAGGUGAUAAAAGCAAACGGUCCACGAAACCGAAGCCGAUCACCUUGCCAGUUGAUUCAAAACCUCCCAGAGAACCGAUAGUGACGCCCAUAAAUCCAUCAACAAUAAGCCAGUCGAGUACGGAUUCGACGCCUUCGAAUAGACCAUCGUACCCAAGGACGCAGUACUCCAUGCCAAAAGCGCAUGUCUCGCUCGACUCUAAUGGCAGUGUACAGCACCAAGCUACCGAGAAUUUAUAUUCUACACAACCUGUCCAUGGCUCCUUCGAGGGUAGUAGUAUAGCAAGCCAACCUCCGCCAGUGGUGCAUGUGCCUCCUGGCAUGCAAUACGCGCCCGCGAUGGGCGUCAUUGCGGAGAGUCAGGGCGGCAAAAGACUGCCCAACCAGGGGCAUCCGCUGAAGAGCUUCACCGUGCCUGCGCCGCCACCCGUAUCCGCACCAGGUACUCCACCACCCAAACAUAUAGUGCGGCCAUCCUUAUCGCCCUACAAAAAGCUCCCGCUCAUGUCGGCGACAGGCGCCAGCACAGGAACCCCCGGUUCGACGCCAACGUCAAGGAUAAACCCCUCAAAUCCCCCACCACAUACCGCCGAGGAAACGCAGCGGUUAAGGCCUAGCCAUUCUACAGAAGAACUGAACCAGGAGAUGGCCAAUCUGGAAGGGCUGAUGCUCACUCUGAAUGCCAUCACUGCCAAUGAGUUUGAAUGUUGAGUGAGAAAAAUAGAAUGCGUAUGUUAACUUUUGGGUUACGUGGAUUGUAGGCAAAUGGCCAGAGGGGUGUUCUCGUUGGGUCAAUGUCGCAUACCUGUCAACACCUGACUUAAAAUCAAAUAAAUUAACAAAAGUGACAGCACAGUGACCAACGAUGAUAAGAAUCACAAAAAUAAAGUUCCAGUGUAGCAUGCGAAAUUCGAGAACACUCGUCCAGUCUAUAUCCAAGAUCCAUGGUUAGACUUCUAAUUAGAUUUCUGUUCGCAAUGAAAUUGUUUCACAAGUAGAACAAGACAAAUGAAUGAUUGUAUAGCAUGGAACAGCAUGUUCAGCCACUCAAAGGUAAGGCUGUUUGGUACCCAAUAUCUAUUCUUAUAUUAAAUAUAUUCCGUAAUCGCAUCAUAACUCAUUUUUUUUAAAUAUAAUAUGAAAGGGCUUAGUAGAAAAAUACGGUGUAUAGUUCUUUUCACCGUUUUUGGCUGAUACGCCAUUAAUGCCAUACAAAAUAAAUAAGCAAAUCGACUAACUGAACCACGUGCGGAGCUGAAACUCCAUAGGAAAAUUGCACAGUAGGCAAACCAAUCUUGAACGCAGCUGCUUUUGCACACAUGAAUCGGUUAAGAAAGGAGCAUUGCUUUCAUGCACUUUCUCAAAAUGCUUCAACAAUUGAAGGGCUUGGAGCAAAAAAAGGUGUAAGUGCAUCUGCGUUACUUACUGAGAAAAAUGCUUCUAAAGAUUUUUGCUAUUUUAAAAUUCUGCAAAUAACAUAAAUGUAUCUAGACAAAUGGAAUAGAAUCCUAAAUAUCAUUGAAAUGUUUGGUGAACCAGCAAAGUAUAAAAAAAAAUUUGUUUCAUAGAAAAAAGUGAUUUUGAAGCACUUGUACCGGCUUUGCACCAAGAUACCAAUUCAAUCUUAAUCGACUCACAAUAAGACAAAAAAGUGAUGCGAGUUUUAUUUACUGAUUUAAACAAUACUUGUCAAUCAUAGUUUUUAAUCAUUCGUCGUAGUCGGAUAACAGCUCCUCGUCAUCUUCAUCUUCCUCUUCAACGAUGAAUACGGGCUCUGCGCGAGAACUAGGACCAGAUUUCAUGGCUGGUACAGGCAUAUUUUUUUUUGUUGGUCCUUUUUUUUAAAUCUUCAUGUUUCAUGUUUUUAUAGAACUCAUGAUAAACUGGAGGUAUAUAAUCCAAAAGGGUCUGCAGAUGUUUCCAUUUUUCUGUUUUUAUCGGAACUGAGGUACCGUGAAGUGGUGUGAAUGAGUUUUGUAGCGAGUAACGAGUCUGAUGGUCGCCCAGAGGCACGCGACCCAGAAACACAUUUUAUGAAUGGAUAUGAAGCAUCUAAGACUGGUUUGAAUUCAAACGAAAAUGCCUCAUUGCUUUUAUCAUAUUUAAAAUACGCAAUUUCUUUGAAUUUUAUCGGCUUUCCGUCUACAUCUUUCUUAGGAUCUUUCACUAUUUGAUUCAGUUUUUCAAAAGAGAAAAACAUUUAUCUGGUCAUGUUGUGAAUCAUAAUUUUUUUGUUUGAAGCUGCAAUUACUUCCCUCCAGUGGCUUGGAAUAAAAACUUGAGGAAUCUUUUUUUUAUUCUUCUCUAUAAGUGCGAAAUCUCGGUCACAUUCCAUAUAAGUGUGACCUGGUUCCAGGAAUUUGUGGUGAAUUUCUUUAAUAUGGGUGGCCUUUAUUGCAAACAUAAACAGUUUGCAAAUAUUCUUAUUUUUAUUUUGCCCGCCACAUGAGUCACUGUAGGCUAUUAUUUUUGUGAUAUUUGAUGGAAGUGACUUGAAAAAAUGCAGCAAGCAUGAUCCUAUUUCUUGGGAACCUCUACCAGA